AUGUAUGGGUCAUUCUGCAGUCAGGCUCUCACGACCACACCCAUUGGCUCUGCUCUACUUGUAGUUUUCCUGUUGUCUGCUCCAGACCUCCGACCGUCUGCUUCAGACCAGCAACCAUCCGCUUCAGACCAACCCGUCUACUCCAGACUCCGAACCGUCCGCCUCCAGACCAACCAGACUACCAAAAGAGCAAGCCUUGUUUCCACCGCUGUCUGCUCCAGACCUCCGAAAGUCCGCUUCGGACCAGUAACCAUCCGCUUCAGACCAACCCGUCUGCUCUGGACCACCAGCCUUCUGCUCCAGACUCCGAGCCGUCCGCUCCAGAUCAACCAGACUACCAAAAGAGCAGGCCCUGAAUGUGAAGAAGGAAUAUCACGCUAUGACGUAGUAAGAGUGAACCCAUACCAACCAUCAAUCAUCACAUGUUAUGCUGAGGGGAUUCCACUUCCUGAUGCCUCAUCAGUUGAUCUUCGUCGGCGUAUUGAUACCAACACUUACAAUACCACAGGAAUCACCAAGCGAUCAAGCUCUGUAUUAGGAUCGGAACGGGCUGUUCUCUUUGAUAUUGAAAAUGUUUAUCCACCAGAAGAUGGAGACUAUGGUUGUGGUCUCAUUAUAGAAAACCAGUUCUACUCAACAAGCAUCACUAAAGCAACUUAUGUUCUUCCUGUCAUAAGUACGGCACCAUCUACUGUCAGCACCACGUCAACUACAGUAUCUCUACGAUGGAAUGCCUGGUCUGCAGGAGAAGACAUAGGUGAUCCUCCCCUUAUAGGAUAUGAUGUAUUUGUAAGAAAAGAUGGUUACUGGGUUAGAGAUCAGAGAAUAGAUGACUCUAUCACUUCAGCUACUGUUAGUAACUUGACUCCUGACACAGACUACAGGUUUCGUGUUGCAGCCGUGAGGGAAGGAGAGGGUGGAACAGGUCCAUGGUCUCCAAGGAUUGAUGCAAUCACUCUUUGUACAGCACCAAGGUCUCCCCCAGCUGGAAUACAGGUGACAGCCAACAAUCCUAAAGAACUAGAAGUGACAUGGGAGUUCAUCUCUUUGGAAUCAGCAAAUUGCAGGAGUGGUGUGACCCAUUAUAUGAUCUACUAUGCUCUCUCUGGUUCAUCAUCCACAAACUCUCGCAUAGUUCCUAAUGAUACAAGCUCCUAUACGAUUAUAGGGUUAGGGACCUAUAUGGACUAUACCAUUCAAAUAAGUGCUUCAAAUAAAGAUGAGGAAAGUGACAAGAGCAGUGAGAUAAUCGGCAGAACACUUGAAGAAGUUGCACCAGCUCCUAUCAACGUGGCCAUACCAAGAAGUACUAAAGGUUCUUUCACCGUGUCGUGGUCCACUCCUCUCCCAUCGAACGUAAAUGGUCAUAUUCAGAUGUACACCAUUCGCUACAAGCAAAGCGAUCAAGGAGAUGAUGGCGAUUAUAUCAUGGAAAAUGCGUUGACAGAUGCAUUUGAAGCAGAACAUACUGUAACGAAUCUUCUGUAUGCUAUUAACUAUACAGUUCAGGUCCAAACUGUCAAUGGAGCUGGUUUUAGUAAGUGGUCGUACCCAGUCAGAGCUAAGACCAUCCUUACUGGUCAUCACUGUAACGGGGCGCAAGUAGGCACUAUAAUUGCAGGUGUUUCAGUACCUCUUAUCAUCAUCAUCGUCAUCCUCAUAAUUCUCAAUGUUGUUACCUAUAGGAGGGCCAGACUAAGACAUCCAGUCACCGCAUCGUCAAAAAACACUGCACGUGAGCCAUCCCCAAGGUAUGAGAACCCUGCAUUUGAUGCAUCCAUGCGCACCUGCAAAAACGUGGAUAAAGACACCUACCAAGAUCUCGAUAUCGACACCAGGGACUACCAGAACCCUACGGACCCCCACACAUAUCAAGAGCUGAAGAAAACCAGCAUCGAUACCUCGCAUCAGAGUGUCAGCCAACCAGAGCCGGAAAUCACUUAUGAAUACAUUUAGAAUCGACUCCAAUGCACAGUUCCACUACCGAAUUACAGAAUGAAGCAAGUGCCAGAAGUGAUGUGUGUGUAUAUCUGUG